UUUCGCAACCAAUACGAUAACGAUAUUUCAACUUGGAGCCCUCAAGGUCGUAUUCACCAAGUAGAAUAUGCAUUAGAAGCCGUGAAACAGGGGUCUGCUGCAGUUGGACUUCGGUCAAAUACUCAUGUUGUUUUGCUAGCGCUCAAGAGAUCGUCUGGAGAGUUGGCCUCUUAUCAAAAAAAACUUACUAUCAUUGAUGAUCAUUUGGGUAUUGCUAUUGCUGGGCUAACUUCAGAUGCACGAGUACUGAGCAAUUUUAUGCGUACCGAAGCCAUGAAAUCUAAGGUUAUUUAUGGGCGACCAUUGCCUAUUUUCCGUAUCGUAUCAGCAAUUGGUGAUAUCAACACCCAAAAUUACGGACGUAGGCCAUAUGGUGUUGGUCUCCUAGUCGCCGGAUAUGAUGAAACUGGUCCACAUCUUUACGAAUGCGCACCUUCCGGAAAUUUCUUUGAAUAUUACGCAAUGUCAAUUGGUGCGCGAUCACAGUCAGCUAAGACUUAUCUUGAAAGGUAUUAUGAGAGUUUCGCGGAAGCAUCGUUAGAUGAGCUUGUUCGACAUGGACUUAAUGCUCUACGUGAUACAUUACAACAAGAUAAAGAACUUAAUAUGGACAACUGUUCUAUUGGGAUAGUUGGUGCAGAUUGUAAAUUUAAGAUUGUAGAAGGAGAUGAAUUAAGACGAUACUUAAACUUGCUAGAUAAUACCGAUAUCGGUGACACCAGAAAAUCUCCAACUACCCCAGUAGAGAUGGAUCCUCAACGUUGA